AUGGCUAAGAAGGCGCGCCAAAGAAUCAGCUAUGUCCUCGAAAAUGCCAAAUCCUCCGAAGGUGGCCAUCGUCUAGGUGUGAAUGGCCUCGCCGUCGAUAAUGAUAAUGCAAUUCUGUACUCAGGUGGACGAGACGGCAUUGUAUGCGCUUGGGACUUGAACCUCGAUCUCAAAAACCGUAGCGACGUUACCGAUUCGACCCCCGAAGACAAGAAGCCCAAGUCCACGACCAAAUUCCGCGCCCAAACCCAUGCCCACAUGCAUUGGAUCAACGACAUUGCCCUUGCGCAGAACAACACAGCCCUCGUCUCUGGCUCAUCCGACCUUACAGUGAAAGUCUGGCGACCACAUUCCGAAGAGGAUAAUACCCGCGUCGAGACGAUAGGCGAGCAUGCCGAUUAUGUCAAAUGUGUUACAACCCCGCCCCCGGAUAUGGGCGCAAACUGGGUCGCUUCGGGCGGCCUCGACCGUAAGAUCUGCCUGUGGGAUCUCAAUGGCGCCGGUAAAACACUCGAGAUAGAUGUUCAAGGCGAGGAAAUUGCUGAGAAGGGUUCUGUAUAUGCCCUGCGUGUCGGGCGCAACAUCAUGGCGAGUGGUGGUCCAGAAAAGACGGUGCGCUUAUAUGAUCCUCGAACUGGCGACAAGGUCUCUAAACUUGUUGGUCAUGUUGACAAUAUUCGCGCCAUUCUUAUUGAUGAUGCUGGUGACACAAUUCUUAGUGCCAGUGCCGACAAGACGGUAAAGAUGUGGAGUAUCAAGAACGGUCGCUGCAUGUACACAUUUACAAUGCACGAUGAGAGUGUCUGGUCGCUCUUCUCGGAUGACCCGACACUCGGUGUUUUCUACAGUUCUGAUCGCUCCGGUCUGGUAGCUAAGACAGAUGUGCGGGGCAGCCUGGAAGACAUGGACGAUGGUCUCAGUCUUGCUGUUGCACAUGAACACAUUGGAGUGGGCAAGGUUGUUGCCGCCGGAGGUCAUAUCUGGACAGCAACCAACAGGUCCUCGAUUAACCGAUGGGAGGAUGUUGAUACCGAUACCAAUAUCAAGCUCCCCGAGUCAGUUCGACACCAUAGAGCUACAUCAAACGCCUCCAAUAGACCUCGCGAAUCUUCUCCUCCAGCGGUUAACGGAACUGCUAAGAAAGAAAUCCCCGCUGAGUCUAUCUUGCGCGUUUCUGCAGCUGCCUCCUUCCCUGCACGAUCUGGGCUGGACCCCGAUUCCACCACCAUCACAGAUGCUGCAACACGGAAAGGAUCAGAAGCUAUCAUGGAUUCAGGAGAGUCCGAUAUUAAACCAAUUCACGCAGUGGCCGAAGAAACGAUUGAAGGUCAAUUUGGGUUGCUCAAGCAUAGGCUACUCAACGAUAGGAGGCGCGUGUUGACGUCGGACACUGCCGGCGAUGUGUUGUUAUGGGAUUUGAUCAAGUGCAAACCUAUAAAGAGCUUCGGUAAACAACAUUUAGAGGAUGUGGAACAUCUUGUCAACACCGUUGAAGCUGUAGCUCCAUGGUGUUCUAUCGAUCUCAGUUCAGGAAACCUCACUGUUGUGCUGGAGCCCUUUAACUGUUUCGACGCCGAAGUAUAUGCGGACGAGCUCGAAUUGCCAGAACCCGUUGAGUUUCGAGAAGACCAGAGGAUCAGUCUUGGAAAAUGGAUCCUUCGGUAUCUCUUUGCCGAUCUCAUCGAUGAAGAAAUCAGAAGAGAUGAGGCGCAUCGUCAGAAGCUUAACGAGGGUAUCGAAACCAGACAAGUUACCUCUGAAGGAACUGCCGGUGCUCCCCCAUUGUCGAUAUCAUUACCAAAAUCCGCCAUUCCAGACUGGGAUAACGCAGACCAAGUCACCCCGAAACCCAACCUCUACCCCAAUACUCCAGGAUUGGGCAUUGGUUUGGCGACACCUGGCCCUAGUAUCAUGUCAGGUCCCAACAGCUUGCCUGAUGUACCCGAAAACGCUGCAACGAGCCCAAUGACUCCUAUAGAGAAGAGAACGUCGCAUGUCAGCCGUCCUUCAACAGAGAGAGAGGACUACUUUACAAGCCCCCUGCAACUUCUUGAGUCAGCAGUCAAGGCAGCUAGUAUGGUAUCGACACCAACACAGGAUAACGCAGAUUCGAAAAAGUCUAUAGAUGGUGACAAAGAGAAAGAGAAGGAAAAGGAAAAGGACAAGGCCGACAAUGCAAAAUCACCAAGCACCCCAUUUGGCAAGAAGAAGUUCCGCAUGACAUUUGGUACUAAGAAGCUCUCACGGUCAGCUUCUCAAGCCACGACGGAGAAGCCUGCUAUUGUCGAGGAAAAGGCUGAAGAGUCUGAGUCAUCAUCUGUCCAUGAGAAGGAAAAGGAGGUUGAUGACAGCUUCUUUGGUGUCAUUCAAAAGAUCCAUCAGGAGUACGAUAGACAACUGACCGAGAACCCUGACAAACCAGUCGAGACCCGAGUGGUUCCCAGUCUGCCCAGCGAUACACCUGUUCUAAAAUUGCCGCCUGGAACCAAAGUCGUGAUCCAGGAGGAGACUUCGGGUGGCAGUGCCAACUUAUACCAAGGCACUGUUGAGGAUGUUGGUAAGGACGCAGACCUUAUUGAGCAGAAGGCGCCCAUGUGGCUUGGUGAUAUUUUGCUUCAGAACAUCCUCCCUUUCAAGGAGCCGGUCAAGGUCUCAUUCGUCUUGUAUCCAGUGGAUGACAGCCUCCCGGCCAUUGCUUCGGCAGAUGGAAAUAACAGGCUCAACGCAAAUCGCAUGUUGCGAGUCAGAAAGAUCCUCUCCUACGUUGCUGAACGUAUCGAGCCCCCGCUUGAGGAACCCGAGGAGAACCCUAUGAGGCCAGAAGAGUAUUUGGAACUAUACUGCAACGACCAGCUGCUAUCUCCUGUGACAACCCUGGCCACUCUCCGUACUCACCUCUGGAAGGGAGGUAACGAUAUCGUCCUUCAUUACAAGGCCAACGGCAAAAAGGAAAUCCGGCCAUUCCCUCCUCCUCUGGAGCCUAAGCCAGCUGAGUCUGAGGAAACCCAAGAGGCCACUGGUACGGAAGAGGCAACCACUAAUGGCCAGGGUCCUUCUCAACCUCAACCUCAAGCUGUCUGA